AUGGCAUGUGCCAGUGGUCAAGACCUGGUCAUUGAUGGGGUCAUUUAUGGUUGCGAGCUCAACUCUCUAUCCCGCAGAGGACUCAUGCGGAGCCGAAAGUUAGAUACAGCGGCAUUUUCUGCAACAGGGGUAGAUCAGCAUACAUUAGGCCAGGUUCAUCCGAGAUUUGUGUUGUUCUCCACAUCGGUUCGUGCCUUGUUCAGCUCGCGCCACUUAGUGCCUACUUCCGCCAAGUUCAAUCUGAUUUUGGUCUCCACACCUUGUUCAGCCGGCGCCACGAGUCGUGCCUGUCUCCCCAGCCGAAUAUCCCGCUCUGCCAAAGGACUCUCAAUUGAAGGGCUGCGUGUAAAGCCCUGA